AUGGCUCUUUCUUAUCAGCGCCACGCUUACAAAAUGGAGCUGACGGCGUCAACACGACAUUUUACCGAAUAUAAAGCCAUUUUGUAUCUCCGUUUACCAGACGGUGCUCUCAAUCCAGUCGGCGAACGACAAACGGAUACAGAGCCGAACACACCCUUAAUGCCGAGCGGAGCAACGCUCAAUCCAACGGGAGAGCUUACGACGGAACGAACCACGCCGGGGUCCCUAUCGAAGUAA